UCAACAAAAAGUCGAUUUCUGACUAAAGCAGAGUCGACUUUUCCAUCUAUAAAUACUAUAUGUAUUUGGUUUUUAUGUAAAAAUUAUAAAAGUGCAGUAAAAAAUGCAUAAUUUUUGCAUUAUUCUUAAUGCAUUAGCUGUUUCAAUUAUAUUGAACUUGAUUUCUCAUUUGAAUGUAGUCAGUGGUAUUCAAGCACGCAGCGAAAAAGAAAUGCAACCGACAGCUGUUCAAUCGGUGGUACCCAUUACACCUUCCUCGUCCUUACCUGGUUCGGUUACUCCUGCUGCUUCAGACUUCAAUCCGCUUGGACCAAUGGUGAUGUGUUCCUUUUUGCCCCGUGAUUUUUUGGAAUGCAAAGAUCCAAUUGACCAUGACAAUAACCAUACCGCUAAGGCAGUGAAAGGAUAUGGCUGCUUGCACUUUGGAGGAUCUACCUAUGACGAAGUGGAGCACACGGAAGUACAAUGUACGGUAUUUCCUGAUAUCGAUUGCUACGGUCCGCGCACAUUCUUGCGUGAUGGCGUACCAUGUGUACGCUAUACCGACCAUUACUUCGUGACAACACUUAUCUAUAGUAUUCUAUUAGGAUUUUUAGGCAUGGAUAGGUUUUGUUUGGGCCAAACAGGCACCGCUGUUGGAAAGCUAUUAACGAUCGGUGGUGUAGGCGUUUGGUGGGUUAUAGACAUAAUACUACUCAUCACAAAUAACUUACUUCCAGAGGAUGGAAGUAAUUGGAACCCUUAUGUAUAACAGUAUAGUAUUUUAAAAAUUAAAUGUGAUAUUAGUACUAAGAUAAGCUUGAAUUAAAUAAAGAUAUACAAGGAAAAACUAUAUUUUUGAUGAAUAAAAAGGACUUUAUGUAGUUUAAAUGUUGUAUACAUGUAUAAUUCAUAAAUGUUUGACAUCGAUUAUCGUCAAAGUAAUUUUGUAAUUAAUCAAGCUUCGGA